UGCCGAGGCCUGCGACUUUUCCAAUUUACUUCCUGCCUUUGAAUCACCAGCAUCAUCAACCAACAUUUAUUCAACAGGCAGAGCAACAAUGUUUCCUAACAGAACAGCCCUUCGUCUGUGCUCGAGGGCCUCUCGGUCUUCCUCUUCCGCCGUUGCUGUCCCUGCCCGUCGGCUCCAGGGCAUAAGGGUGCGAGCGCAAUCUACCAUUGCCGCAAAUACCAGGCAAACUCCCUCCCAUAAGACUAUAUAUACCCAGACAGUCCGCCAUGCCCGACUACUCUCCAACACCACUCGCCUAUCACAAUCAAAUGGCUCCUACGAACCCCUCUCCUUAAAAGAAUACAAAUUCGAAGACAUAAACUCCGCCUUACCCAAACAAGACCCUUCCUCCCCUUCCUCAAAACCAAAUAUAAUCCUAAUCGACGUCCGCGAACCCCCCGAACUCGAAGCAACAGGCAUCAUCCCUUCCGCCCUUUCCAUACCCAUCGGAUCCCAGACAGACGCCAUGUUCUUGACCCCGGACGAGUUCUUGACUCGGUUCGGCUUCCCGAAGCCAGGGGUUGAGGGAGGCGAUGAUAAUACUACUGCCAAGAUGGUAUUUUACUGCAAGGCUGGCAUUCGGGCCCGUACGGCGGGUGAACUGGCUGUUAGGGCGGGGUAUGAUGCUGGCAGAAUCGGGGUUUACGAUGGAAGCAUUCUGGACUGGGAGAAGAAUGGUGGGCGAGUAGAAAGGUGGGAUGGGCCUGAGAAUUGAGACACUGACUUGACCUGGCCUUUUCUAUUUUUUCUCUUGACCGAUUCUUGUAUAUCUAUAGCUGACAAGUACUUGUGUUAUUGCAUGGUGGCAUGGUAUGCGCAAUUUGGUUGAACAUUGGCUCACAAGCCCAUUAUGUUGAAUAGUAUAAAAAGGAGCGAAAAAAAAAAAAAAAAAAAAAA